AUGAAACCAUUAGAUUUCUAUGUGAAGCUCAAAUAUUGGAUUAGGCCUGUGUACUCUGUGAAACAGGUUUAUGAGAAAUUAGUUGGGACUAAACCUAGAGUGCACUGGGACAAGAUGGUGUGGAAUAGAUUGAAUAUCCCUAAACACAGAUUCAUUGGUUGGUUAGCCAUACAAUCCAGACUGCAGACCACUUCAAAGUUGGCCAGGAUUGGUGUCAGUCAUUCUGCUAAUUGUUUGAUUUGUGAUCAGAGUGAUGAAACCCAUCAGCAUUUGUUUUUUCAGUGCAUUUACAGUGCAGAAUGCCUCAGAGCAGUUAAAGAUUGGCUAGGUGUUUCGUUUGCUAGUGGCACCUUGACUCAGCUGGUUAGACAUGUUGGGCAUAGCAGAAUGUCCAUGUUCAGAAAACAGGUCUGUUAUGCAGCCAUAGUUGCAGCAGUGUAUCUGAUUUGGCAAUGUAGGAAUAAUAGCUUUUGGGAGAAUAGUGUUCCUACUGUGAAUCACACAGUGUCCAAGUUGAAGCAACUGGUGAGAGGGAGAAUUCAAACUGUUUUGCCUAAGAGUAUCAGUAGAAGGGAUAAUACUUGGUUUAUGUCUUUGUGA